GCAAGGAAGAGGAACUGUAGCUCAGCUCUUCUGCCAGGACACAGCACCAAAAUGCAACCCGUGCCCCUGCACAACCUCUCAGAGUUGGAAAGAGCCAGUCUGCAAGAGCUUGCCCUCUACCAGCUGCAGGAAAAGCUGCUUGUUGGAGAUCUCAGCCUGGCAAAAGUUAGCCCUAAAGGUAAUAAGUCUAUCCGCCAGAAACUGGAGAGCUUUUCCAAGGAGAAGAAAGAUGGCUCUCCUCAGACUUUUGGGAUCCCCCUCUUCCAAGUCAUUGACAAUGACCGUGUGUACAAGCAACUGCAGGAAGAAGUGAAGAGCAGUCGCCGGCUCUGCUUGGAGGUGGAACACACAGUGAUAAGAUUCAGGGCUCAGAUCCAGAAGAAGUCUCUGCUGGGCAAAGGCUGUGAGCUGGGACCCUGCAGGAUGUUCUCUGAGGAGCAGCUUUCCCCCACUUUUCCUGACCACAGCUCCUGGAACCACCGAAGGGGGGCAAUGUCCGUGGACUCCAUCAGCGACCUGAGUGACAACACUUCCAAGCUGCUGGAGGCACUGCAGUUGUCCCAUCCCCACGAGCUGGAUCUGCAGAGAAGACAGGGCAAGAAGAUGUUGAGCCUCAAUCCUAUCACUUGGCAGGUCCCCAGGAUUGUGGACAGAUGUUGCCAGCACAUUGAAACGCAUGGUCUCCAGACAGUUGGCAUCUUCCGGGUUGGGAGUUCCAAGAAAAGAGUUCAAGCUGAGGGAAGAGUUUGACCAAGGAUUAGAUGUCUUCUUAGAUGAGCACCAAAGUGUUCAUGACGUGGCUGCUCUGCUCAAAGAGUUUCUUCGUGACAUGCCAGAUUCCCUGAU